GAAAGGUCGGACGGAAUUCCCUAUUAACGGGGAUAUCCUUAUUUAUUUAUUUCUAACACGUGUUAGAUUCAGAGUUCUUUCCAAUGGAGAAAUUGAGUCCCAGACCUGAAAUAGGACAAUGUUCUUUUUUCCUGAAGAAAAAGAACAGAUUCUGUAGAUUCAGACCUAACAAAAGCCAGAUAUACUGCGCAGAACAUUCUCUAGAAAUGGGAGUAGAACUAGAGAGAAAGAGAGUCACAUGCCCAUUGAAUCCAUCACAUACCUGUUAUGAAGAUUGUUUACAAAAACACCUGAAAAAGUGUAACAACAGAAGAAAAGCAGAAGAGGUGUAUUAUGUAGAGGGUAUAAAUUCUGGAAGUGACAUUGAAGAAGAUAAGGUAUCGGUGAACAGUAUAUCCGGUGAUGAACUUCAAAAUGUGAUUAAUAGAAUUAACAAGCUAUAUGAUGGUAAACUAUUACUUCUUUAAAAUACCACAGAAGUGUGCAUUCACACAAUGAAUCAGUGACCCUGAGGUUAUAUCCAGCCCAGUAGCUUCAGCUUUUAAAAUCCAGGUCCAAACCAUUACUGCAGGUCUUGUGCAGGAUUAUAUUGGCUGUAUAGAAGAAGAAAUAUUAACUCAUGCAUGUUUACAAGAAGAACUAGAUAAUGAAACAUAUGGCACUUCAGCAAUGAGACAUAGAAAACAACAGGCAUCUUUGGUUGGUCAUAUGGAAAAGUUGGGUUUAUUAAAGGAUAACACAAGUUUUAUUGAAAUGGGUGCAGGAAAAGGACAACUUUCACAUUGGGUACAGAAAGCUAUGACAGACAAAGAGAAUUUAUCGUUUUUAUUAGUUGAUCGAGGCAGUGCACGAUAUAAGUUUGAUAGUUAUCAUAAAUCAGAGGAAGAAGGUCCAAAGUUUGAAAGAAUAAAAAUUGAUAUAGAACAUUUAGAUUUAGGUAAAGUAAAGAGUAUAAGUAAUAGCGAUAAAAUAGUAACAGCAAUUGGUAAACAUCUAUGUGGAGCUGCAACUGAUUUGGCUUUAAGAUGUUUAAUAAGACCAGUCGAUACUGAUACAGAGUUACCCUGUAAAAGAUUAAAAGCAGACGAUACAGAGAAUGAUAGAAGAUCCCAUACUAGAUGUCCCAAGGGAAUAGUUAUAGCAUUAUGUUGUCAUCAUCGGUGUACAUGGAAAACCUAUGUUGGUAAAAAGUUUAUGAGGUCAAAUGGUAUAUCAUCACAUGAUUUUCAGCUCUUAUUAAGUAUCAGUAGUUGGGCUACAUGUAGUUGGCAAGGUUGGAAAGCAGAAGAACGAGGAAAAGCAAGUAAAAUAGAAAAUCAAGAAGCCGAUCAUGAAGAUGAUAAAGUUGAAGAUUAUAGAGGAAAUAUCAAAUUGGAUAAAAGUGAAAGAGAAAUGAUUGGUCGCAAAUGCAAACGACUGAUAGACCAUGGUCGAAUCCAGUAUUUACACGAUCAUAAAAUGACAGCUUGUUUAAAACAUUAUAUAGAUGGCAAUCUUACACCAGAAAAUGUUGUAUUAUUAGCUACUAUUGAGGAUAAAGUGUGAUAUUUAAAUAUCAGUAAAUAGAAAAUUUAAUGGUCUAUUCCUUUGAGAAUCAGGACUGUAUUUAAACUAUUAUCUGUUGACUAAAAUAUUGAAGCUACUGAGGAAAUUGACAUAAGUUCAAUAGCUGGAAAACGUGGUUGUAAAUGACAUGUUUUAUAUUUAAUAAUAUGUAUGUUGUACUUAUAAAAAUAAAUGUGAUUUUAUAGA